GGAAGUUGCUCAACCUGAAAUUUCCUGAAGUAAACAGAGCAAGAGACUUGGACGUACCUCAACUGGAGUGGUUUCCAGAAAAUUUGACGAAGUAUUUCUCAUUUUUUUUCACAAGAACAACUCAUCAUGAAUCGUUUAUUUGGCCGAGGAAAGCCCAAGGAGCCUCCACCUAAUUUGACUGACUGCAUUUCCAACAUUGACAGUCGCGGGGAGUCAAUUGACAAGAAAAUUGCUCGGUUAGAUAUUGACUUAAAGAAGUAUAAGGAUCAAAUGAAGAAAAUGAGGGAGGGCCCUGCCAAGAACCAAGUAAAGCAAAAGGCGAUGAGGGUGUUGAAGCAAAAACGCACGUACGAGAAUCAGCGAGACCAGCUGGGUCAGCAAUCCUUCAAUCUGGAGCAGCAGAACUUCGCUGUGCAGUCUUUGAAAGAUACGAAAACCACGGUUGAUGCGAUGAAGAUUGGCGUGAAAGACUUCAAGAAGGCGUAUAAGACUGUCGAUAUAGAUCAAAUUGAGAACAUGCAAGAUGAUCUGGAGGACCUGAUGGAGCAGACGAACGAGAUCCAGGAAGUGAUGGGUCGCAGCUACGGCAUGCCCGAGCUGGACGACGAUGAGCUGGAGGCGGAGCUAGACGCACUGGGCGACGAGAUCGGGCUAGACGAGGACUCGUCUUACCUGGACGACGCUGUGGCCGCCCCCUCCGCACCCACCAGCGAGCCGGGAGGGGAGAGCAUGCGGGGCGAUGUUCCGGUUGAUGAGUUUGGCUUACCACAGAUCCCACAGAGCGCAAAAUGAAUCAUACAUACACAUUAUUUAUGUCUUUUUUUUCUUUCUUCUUCUCCAUGUAUGUAUGACGGACAUACUGUACUAUUGAGGGAGCGCAGUCUUCUCUUCUCUGUCGGUUCCCA